AUGAAGAGAAAAAAUCCAGAGGAAAAUGUGUUACCUGAUAAUGGUGAUGGUAUGAAUGGUGAUGAUCAUCAACAAACAACUGUGGAAGAAGGAUCUUCAGAGGCCUCUAGUAAGAAAAUGAAGGUGGAUCAAGCCAAUGAUGAACAAAUUAGAGUUUUAUCAACCCGAUGGGAAAAGUGUAUUGCUCUUGAUGAACAAUUAAUUAAUCAAGUAUUUGAUGUUAUUUGUAUGGAUUUGUUGAAUGAAUCUAGCGGAGUAUUUGCACAAUUAUUUUCAUCGAAUUAUUUUGAACAUGUAUUGUGGAAUAAUUUUGAUAAUGGAAAAAACUCUAGAGAAUUUAUAUUAUCUUUAAUAGUAAUGAUUAAUGAAAAAUGUCAUCAAACUAAUUUCAAGGAUAUUGCUACUGAUAGUAAAUUCGAACAAUUACAUAAUUUGGCAAUUAAUUUGGAAUAUAGGAAUACAAAGGAAAGACUGAUAUUAAUCGUAUUUCUGAUUAAUUGUUUCUCUCAUAUUGAUUUGAUAAAUAGAUUGUGUUUGGAUUAUGUGUCACUACCUUUGUGGACUCAUGUUAAUCCUUCUAGAAGAAACAAUGAAAUAGCAAAGAGAGGAUUAACAAAAUAUUGGAAAAAAUUUUCUGCAAAGAAAAACAAUUCUGAUUCCAAGUCAAACUUUGUUCCAUCUCUUGUCACUCACUUUUUAGAAUCUCUCAAGAGUUUGGUAGAAGGUGAUAAUAAUGAAUUAAUGACAUACUGUGAAAGAUUUUUAGAAUUUUUAAUAGAUUUACUUUCUCAAAUACCAACAAGAAAAUUUUCACGUCUAUACUUGUUAGAUGCUCAUGUUUUGGAGCAUUGUAGAUUGUUUUUAAGAACAGGCGCACAGUCUUCAAAGUUUUUUGAUUUGGUAGAGAAAUACGAGUUCUAUUUACAUUUCGAUAUUAAUGACGAUACAGGAGAAGUCUUGUCAGCAACAGAAUAUGCAGGUAUUUAUGCUGAAAAGGUUGCAAAUUUGCAAUUAAUAUCAUUCCAACAUUUUACUGAAAGUUUAAAGGAUCUUUCCGUCCAGACAGUUGCUACAGUUCAAUCUAGGGAUUACCUCGAAAAGAUCCUCGCUUCAAUUAAAAAGGAAGAGCUAGUAGAUUUGUGUAGACAUUUAGAUUUAGUGGGAAAGUAUGAAACUGGAGAGGAUUUUUCUGAGGAGCUUCUCAUUGAAUUAAUAGUAUCCAAUCACGAAAGAAAACCAUCCCCAAUAGAAAAGAUCAAUACCACUUCUCUUUAUCCAACAGAAAAGACCAUUUGGGCUGAAGGUCUUACCGAUGAAUCUAUUCAAACCAAUUUAGCUUACAAAGGAUUACCAAAUAUUAUUCCAAAACUUGGAAUUCAAUAUCUCUCCUUGUUUGACUAUUUGCUCAGAAAUUAUGAGCUUUUCAAACUUGAAAAGACAUACAGCUUGAGACAAUCUCUUGAAAAUACUAUUUCUAAUUUGGAAUACUCUAAGAAUCCUGCAACUGGCAAGACACAAUUUCAUUCUGGAUUUAGAAUGGCCCUUCCGAUGACUUCUCCUUUUGAACUUGUUGAGGUUGCUCCCCCAAGUAUCGGAGAAACCUCACCAUCCAAGGUUGAAGGAGCCAUUACGAUUAAUCUUUCCUCUAUUGAAUCACAAAGUAUUCGUGAGGAAUGGGAAAAUAUUAGAAAGAAUGAUAUUCUUUUCCUAGUUCAAAUUAAGGCCAAAAUGCACAGCAAUGAAAAUGCCAAAUUCGAUGAAAAGUUUGGCAUUGUCUCUAUUAGAGGAUGUGAGUUGUUGAGGCAAGAGGAUGCGGAUGGAAAUGUCAUUAACAACCAAACAAAGGUUGCCGAGCAAGACGAAACCCUUGAAUUUGAGCUUUCAACACCAGAACGUAGAUUGGUUGUCUUAUUGGAUCCGAUUCAAUAUCUUGCUGAUAGAAAGGAACAAGAAAAGUCACGAGUAGACAUUUAUUCUCACUUUAACUUGGUAGUAAGACAGAAACCAAAAGAUAAUAAUUUCAAAGCUGUUCUCGAAAGCAUGAGAAAUUUAAUGAAUAAUGGAACAAACAACCUUGUUAGUUGGUUAUCAGAUUAUAUUCUUGGUUAUGAACCUUCUUUCGAUUCUUCUGAGAGUACAGUUGAUUUUAGAAAUUCUUUCCAAGAUGAAGACCAUAUUAGGGAAUCUCUAGAUGUUCCAAGCAAUUUGAAAGCUUCUAGUCCAACCAAUUCUAAUUACUUCACUGUUACCUUUGGUUUGGAGAAGAAUGUUACAGCCUACUCAUCAUACAUUCCUAGAGAGUUGAAAUCACCUAAUGCAACCGAUACUGGUUAUAGAUUCAGUAAGGAGCAAAUAAGAGCCAUUCGAUCAGCAACCAGCCCAGAAAAGGGACUCACCUAUAUUCAAGCUCCUCCAGGGUGCGGAAAGCAUAACGUUUUAACAAAGAUUAUUGAGAAUAUUUAUGUUACAAAUCCAAAUCAAAGAACAGUGAUUAUUGCUAGGUCAAAUUUAGCUUUGAAUAGCGUAUUUGAACAAUUAGAGAAUUCUAAAGUACACGAAAGACAUUUACUUAGACUAGGCGGUGAAAAGAAUGAGUAUAGCAAAUUCGGUAGAGUCAAUUACCUCAUUCAAAAAAGAAUUGAAGUUUUGAAAACUCUAGAACAGUUGGCUACUUCUCUUGGCUAUCCUCAAUUCACUAAUAUUUCAUGUGAAACAGCUUCUCAUUUCUUUAUUGGUAAUAUUCACUCUCUUUGGAAGUCAUUCCUGGAGUUGUGUGGUUCAAAGGAUAAGGAAUUGGAAAAUGAAAGUCUUUCAUUCUUUGAGACCAACUUCCCAUUCCAAAAUUACUUUAGAGAAGUUAUGAAUGAAGAGCAUUUGUUCUCGUCUGAGUCAUUUAAUGAAAAUUUAGACAUGGCUCACGAAUUAUAUUCCGAAUUGAAAUUAUUAUUCGAACUCAUCAACGAAUGUAAGGUAUUGGAGAAUAUCAGAGCCUACCAAUCGAGAUGUAACCACGUUCUUACUCAACAAUCAAGAGUAGUUGCCAUGACUUCCACUCAUGCGGCUGUAAAGAGAAAGGAAUUCCAAGAACUCAAUUUUAAUUUUGACACAUUAAUCAUUGAAGAUGCUGGCAGAAUUUCAGAAAUUGAAUCUUUCAUCCCAAUGACAGUAUCUAAGAGAAUUAAGAAAAUAAUCUUGAUUGGAGAUUUAAAUCAAAUGAAACCUGUGGUAUAUAACAAACAAAUAGAGCCAUUCUCCAACUUGAGUCAAUCUUUAUUUGCUCGUUUUGGAAGAUUCAUUGAUGAGGAGAAUAUUAUCAAACUUCCUUUCGAUUCAACUCAAAUUUCUUCAUCCUUACUACCUCUAUUCAAAUGGAAUUAUCCAAACACUUAUGAUCAUGUAACAUAUUCUGAAGAGAAAUUGAAAGGAUUCAAAUUUAAUUAUCAACUUGUAAAUGUGGAAGAUUUGAAUGGAAGAGGUGAAACAUUGCUCUCCUCUCACAUGUACCAAAAUCAAGGAGAGGCUGAAUAUGCUGUAGCACUGUACAUGUAUUUGCGUCUAAUUGGUCACUCCUCUGACUCUAUUACCAUUCUUGCUUCAUACCAAGGUCAGAAGACUCUCAUUAGGGAUAUUCUCAAACAAAGAUGUGAAUCUUUGGGUUAUCCAGUGGUAACAACCAUUGAUAGAUAUCAAGGUCAAGUUAAUGACAUUGUCAUUCUUUCAACUGUUAGAACUACCCAUCCUGGUCACUUGAAUGAUCCUCACAGAUUAUCUGUUGCCUUGUCUGCAGCUAGAAAAGCUCUCUUUGUUUUAUGCAGACAUUCUCUUCUCACUUCUAAAUGCACACCAUUUGUGAAUCACUCACUGGAUGAAGCAUUUUCAAAGAAUGGAAGAGAUGCUAAUACUCUUUUUGUUCAACCAAAGGAUGAACUGAUAGCAAUCAAAUCAGUCUUUGAACUUGGUUCACUUGUACAAAAUUUGGCUAUUGAAAAAUAUUCACAAUAAAUUAUUUUAACUAUUUAC